UACGUUUUUAAUGACGUAGCGAAAAACAAGGCAAAUCUCUGAGAAGCAUCAGCGGCUGGAUGUGCUUGGCUUUUAUACAAAGAAGGAAUGGGUAAAUUAAACUGUGAAAGUAUGCCACGCUUUGUACAGGCCAUUUUGUUGUUGUUUUCCUGUGUGUUUGGACUCUCCCUUGGCACGGAACUGAGCUUUGUGACCUGCGGAUCAGUCAUUAAACUGUUGAAUUUAAAGCACAACGUGAGACUACACUCGCACGACGUACGCUACGGGUCCGGUAGUGGACAGCAGUCUGUAACAGGGGUUUCUGCAGUAGAAGACAGCAACAGCUAUUGGAGUGUUCGCGGGACCAGUGAUGCCUUGUGCCACAGAGGUACCCCAGUUAAGUGUGGGCAGACGAUUCGCCUCACUCAUGUCAACACAGGACGUAACCUGCAUAGCCACUACUUCGCCUCCCCGCUGUCAUCUAACCAGGAGGUGAGCGCAUUUGGCGAAAACGGAGAAGGAGACCACCUCGAUGAGUGGACGGUUCAGUGUGGGGGAUCCGUAUGGAAGCGGGAGGAGGCCGUCCGCUUCCGUCACAGGGCCACUGAUGCCCUGCUGUCUGUGACGGGGGAGCAGUAUGGACGACCGAUCCACGGCCAGACAGAAGUUCAUGCUAUGUCAAGCCCCAGCCAGCACAGUCUGUGGAAAGCCAUGGAGGGUAUCUUCAUGAAGCCCAGUGAGAGCCCAGGAGGCAGUCGAGACUACAGUCACCCACACACAGAGUUCUAAACUUCACUUUUCUUUCUCUGCUUCUGUCUUUUUCUAUUUUCCUCUCUACCUAUUUCUGUGUCUAAUUAUAUCUGUUCCAGCAGUCCCUUUCCUUCACCAGAACAUACUUUGGAAACAAUACAAGAAACUCAUAGAUCCAGCAGCUACACUCAGACUUAAUCUGUGAAUGGCACUAUAAUUUGACUUAAAAGGUACAAGAAGACAUUGAGUAUUGAACAUACUGUUUUAUUGUAUGCCAACACUAAUGUUUUUUUUUCUUUUGCAUUUUGUAACAAGUAUGUCAAACAAGAAGUUGUCCUGUUAGCUUUAAUUUAUUGUUAAACUAUAACACAGAAGACACUGCAGGUUUUCCACAUAAAAAAAAAAAAA